GAAACCAAAAAAGUGAAACCAAGAGAAACAAACAAAACAAAUACAUUGGUCCAGACAACCAACUGAUAAAACUUUGCAAAAGAGAAACAAAAAAGAAAAAAGUAACCAACCUCAACCAACCAGAGCCCGAGCCAGCCGGGGGCGCCCUCCUACAUCCUGUCGCACAGUCACACACACAAAAGGCUGUGCGACUGAACCCGAGAUCAGAAGCCGCCAUAGUCCACAGCCAGGGGAGCAGGAACGACCCACGCGGCCCCCACGGAUAUGGAAAAGGUAACGGACACCGGGCCCCCCCCCCAGGAUGAGAUGCCUGGCUCGCAGGGCAGCCAGGUCUUACAGGUGCCUCCUGGGCCAGACCCACCACCCCCCAGUGCCCAGUACGAGCCGCAGACACCCAGCAAAGAGGGCCCAGCCCGCACACUGGAGGAAAUGGCGGCUGGCAGCGAGGGCACCCUUGGUGGCUCCAGUGGUGACAAGGAGCAGCGGCAGCCGCCCAUCAAUUGCCUGGUGUGUGGCGACAAGUCAAGCGGCAAGCACUAUGGCCAAUUCACCUGCGAGGGCUGCAAGAGCUUCUUCAAGCGCAGUGUGGGCAAGAACCUGACCUUCACAUGUCAAGCCAACCAAGAUUGUCGCGUUGACCAGUACCGCCGCAACCAGUGCCAGUUCUGCCGCCUCAAAAAAUGCAUCGACGUGGGUAUGAAACGGGAAGCGGUGCACAGGAACAGGAUGCUGCCCGCGCCGCCGCCCCAAGGGCAGUUUACGUUGGCCAACGGGGAAAUUCUCAACUCCCAGACUAACCUGUCUGGAUAUAUUUCUCUGCUGAUCCACGCCGAGCCAUAUCCGCUGUCUGGGUCAGGCAGCCAGGACGUGCAGCCCAACGAUGUCUUGAUCCUUGAGAAUAUCUGCGAACAGGCUGCUCGUGUGCUCUUCGGUGCUGUUGAAUGGGCCCGGAAGAUACCUUUCUUCCCUGACCUGGAGGUGAAUGACCAAGUGGCCCUGCUUCACCUCACCUGGUGUGACCUGUUCAUGCUCAACUGGGCACAGUGCUCCAUGCCCGCCCAGGUCCUCCCCUUCCUGGCCGCCACCAGCUUACACACCUCCCCGGGGUCCUCCGACCAGGUGGCCGUCUUUACGGAAAACGUACAGAUGCUCCAAGACCAAAUGGAGAAGUUCAAAGCUCUGCACGUCGACCCUGCCGAGUACAGCUGCCUCAAGGCCAUCAUCCUGUUUGCUCCAGAUGCCCCUGGUCUCUCUGAUACAGUCAAUGUGGAAAGCUGGCAGGAAAAGUCCCAGUGUGCGCUGGAACAAUACGUUAGAAGGCAGUACUCCAACCAACCAAUGAGAUUCGGAAAGCUUUUGCUUCGCCUCACUUCUCUCCGCGCAGUCCCCUCCUCAGUGGUAGAGCAAUUAUUUUUUGUCCAUUUGGUGGGUAAAACCCCCAUCAAAAUCCUUAUCCGAGACAUACUACUGUCAGGUGGCAGUGGUAACUAGCCAUAUAUGGCAAUUAAAAAAAAUAAAACGAAAAGAAGAGGAACGGAAGCAGAGAAAGAGAAAAGGCAAAAUACUGGUUUGUUUAAAUUCUUCUGUUAAAGGGUAUAUGUUGCAAGUUCACUAAAAGAAGAGAAGGAAAUAAUUUAAUGGACGGUUAGUUUAAAAAAAAAUAGUCUGUCGAAUGAACUUUCACAGAAUAUCCCCCCAAAAAACAACAACAAAAAAAAACUAAAAACAAACAAUAAACAAACUCAAAAAAAAAAAA